AUGGGACUUAAUGGCGUUUCCCAGAGUUUUUUUCCUUCCUUGGCUAGAGAUUUUAUAUCUAGAUUGCAGAUAUAUGCUGGUCAAGACACUAUUCUUUGGCAGCAUGGAGUUUUUUCUUUGAAAGCAGCGUGGGAAGUGUGCAGAUUGCGGGAUCAGAAGCUGAAAUGGUUUAAGCUUUGUUGGAAGGGUUGUAGACCUCGGACUGCUGUGGUUGUUCAUAUUAUUAUGCUGAAUAAAAAUCUUUCCUUUGUGAAUUUGCAGAAGAGGGGUUUACAGGUGCCUUCAGUGUGUCACAAUUGUUUUGCUAAUGCAGAUUUUAAUGCUCACUUGUUCUGCUCUUGUCCAUUGGCUAAUAAGGUUUGGAAGGAUCCAUUGGAAUUGUUUAAAUUUCCGUUGCAAGACUUCAUCUCUAUGGAUCAGAUUGUGGAUUGGUUCCUGCUUAAUGUUUCUACAAACAGCGCUAAAUCUAAGAUUCUUAGGUCUGUGUUUUCAGUCACCAUUUGGAUAAUUUGGAAGGCUCGGAAUAAAUCUUUGCAUCAAGGUAUCCAGGAAGAUGCAGAUCAAUUAGUCAAGCAAGUUAUUUGGGAGAUCCUUCUUCUUCAUAGCUUCUCUCUUUCGGACCUGCUUGAAUUAUUCAAUUAG